AUGGAUGUUCCUGAACUUGUGCAACCACCUAUUAUUGAAGAAAUAUUUAAGGUCGUUGAUGUUGCCGUCCCCAAGCUGCCCAUCAUGGUUGAUAUUCUGGACAUCACCUAUGUGGACAGCGGCGGACUAUUUCCUGCGACUAAACCAGCCAUGCAUUCACGGUUUGGAGAAGUGAGACUUGAUAGUUUGGAUGAAGCUAUUGUUACACGGACGCCUUCAUGCCUUAUUUGCUUGAAGGACCUUGAUCACCGACAUAUCAUUACGCGACUACCUUGGUCGCAUGUUUAUCAUGCAGAUUGCAUUGUUAGUUGGCUGGAGACUACUCACUUUUGCCCAGUGUGCCAAUAUUCAAUGCCGUUUGUCCGGAGACCAAGGUGCAAGCCCUUCAAUAUCAAUAUCGGAGGGCUCAAGCUUAGGCCAAGGUGUAAACCUUUCAAAAUCCGGCUAGCUCAAGCUCAAGACGACGAUGGACUCCUCCGCUGCUCAUGA